AUUUCUUGUACUUAUGAGUUUAUUAUAUCUAUAGGCUUUGUUCCUAUUUCUCCUAAUUUAAAUUUAUAUUCGGUAGGGUCUACUUAACAAUCUACUCUGUAUGGAUCUUUAUUAUGUUUCCAUUUAGCCUUUUAAUUUUAAUAUUUAAUAUAAGGAUUUUCUGUAUUUAUAUGAUAAUUUUUUUUCCAGUGUUCGCAUCCAUUUUAGAGUUUUUAAUUUUAUGUUGUAGGAAUUUUUACUUUAUUUGAUUAAUUUUUUUAUAAUUAAAUUGAUUUAGUACUUGUUUAGCUAAGUUGUAGUAUGUUUUAGACUAUUUUUUAGAAUUAUAUUUUUUUUUAAAUAUUAUUCUUUAGGAUUUAGAGUCUCUGAAAUUUGGUUUUUAUAUAUUGAUUUCACAUUUUGAUUUUUAUAGAAAGAAUUAUAAUCUAAAUCACUUUAAACUUUUAAUUUUCUUU